AUGCCCAGAAAUGAUACAAAACAAAAAAAAAGGAGAAAGAAUAGAAAUAGACUAAGAAUAAAGAGAGCCAGGGUCUUUGGAUCAAAAGAUGUUGACCAGGUGAAGGCUCAGGCCAGCAAUCCCAAGGCAGUAGAAUAUGAUCCAGAGCUACCAGGUUGUGGCCAGUUCUACUGCUAUGAAUGUGAUAGACACUUUAUUUCAGAAGACGUCCUAGUUGGGCAUAGGAAGUCCAGCUUGCACAGAAAGAGGGUUAAGGAGGUAAGAGAGGAGGCCCAUUCCCAAAGAGAUGCUGAAUGGGCUGUCGGGUUGGCUUAA